AUGUUACCUGGCGGCGAACACCUUGACCACGAGAGGCUUGGCCACAAGAUGGCUGUCGAAUUGGUCCCAAUUGGCUUCAAUUUAGCCUCCUUUCCUUACUGUGCUGGAAUGGACGGCUUGGACAAUCCCAAAUGGAUUAUAGCUGAGCCGUUCAAUCAUGGACCAAAACGGAAACAGGCGUAUGUGUGGUCGUGUUGCCGCUGUCAGCAGAGUGGAAAUCCCUUGCGACUAGAAUCCUGCCAAAAUUGCGGGAACUCACGUUGCGCAUACUGCCCUGUGUUAAAAGUUAGGAAUUAA